AACAACACUACUACUACGAGGUCCUGCCUCCUGAGCACAGAAGGUCUCGAGUCGGAGCCAUUCGAGCUCAAGACUGACGACAUCGCCGAAUCCCUCCCACGCUGUAAUCGAUGCGCUUCCCCCGCCUCGUGUCUCACGCUCGAAUUCUGCAUCAACAUCAUCGGCAAAGACAACAAGACCAUCGUUCAUUGCAAGAUCGCCGCCCGCGUCGUAUGCGUCUUCACCGAGAUCGACGUGCAG